ACAUUGUAUGCAUUCAGCGUGUUUAUAAUCACUAAAAUAUAAUUAAAUUGAUAUGACUCCAAUAUAUUAAUUCAGAUAAGAUGAUUGGUUUACAAAAUAAGCAUACUAAUCACUCCGUUCGAAUCAUACGACCACAGUAUUAUUUCGUGUCUCAAUACAAUUAAUUGUGAAGAAACUGACCAUUAUAUUAUGUAGAUGCAGCCGGACUCUACAGAUUAACAAAACUAUUAUUACAGCAACGUCUCGCGUCUGAUCUUAAAUAAAUUUAGAUGCAUAAUAUUAUAUACUUUUCACGAUUUUUGUAUACGGUAUCAUUACUGCAACAAGUUGAUUGGUCAAAAAGCCAAUGAGAACAUUUUCAUAAACGAUUUUUCGAACGAAUUACGACGGUCACCUAUAAAUUAUCAUUCAAAAUAAACGAUUCUCACACAAGAUACACAGACACCAAGAGAAUUAUAGCAAUAUACUAACGAUCACUAUGAUAUUUAAUUCACGACACGUAUCCCAGAGAUGGGUUAUGGCCUUGAUGGGGAUGCUGGGCGUGACGAUGGCGUACGUGAUGCGGGCGUGCUUGGGUAUCACGCUCACGCAAAUGGUUAUGCCUGUACAGGUGCAGGGUCGGCGUAGUGACCCACUAACGGCCGUGCAACACGAUUACUGCCCACUACCAGCUGGGACGACGGCGCAAGAUCGACUGCACACGUCGGCGUCCAACCGGACGUCAGUGGCGACUGUGGCGGCGGCGGCGCAAGGGCACGUGCACGGCGGCCGCCGGAGGUUCGACUGGGACGAAGAGACGCAGGGAGAAGUACUGUCGGCGUUCUACUACGGUUACAUACUCACGCAUCUGCCCGGCGGCGCGCUGUCCCAGAGGUUCGGAGGCAAGCACACCAUGGGCAUAGGCAUACUAUGCACGGCCAUAUUCACGCUGAUGACACCAUUUGUGGCACAUAUCGGGUCCAGGCCGCUGUUUAUCCUGCGGUUCGUCGAAGGACUUGGUGAAGGCAUGACGUUUCCGGCGCUUUGCACCCUACUGGCGCAGUGGGCACCCCCCGAAGAGAAAGGCAAGUUCGCCACGCUGGUGUUUGCAGGUGCGCAAAUUGGUAAUAUUUUGUCAAACUUUUUGAGUGGGUUUAUCAUGCGGUACAUACCUGGUGGUUGGCCGAACGUCUUUUACUUUUUCGGUAUUGUUUCAAUCAUCUGGUUUAUACUCUGGUGCAUCUUCGUAUACAAUGAUCCAAAUUCCCACCCAUUCAUCUCGGACGAAGAACGGGCUUACUUGAAAAAAUCCAUCGGAAGACUAGAAAGGAAAAAGGAUCUGACGCCUACACCUUGGAAAUCCAUAUUAACCUCUGGGCCAGUAUGGGCGCUGGUCAUCGCUGGAGCAGGACAUGACUGGGGCGCUUUCACUAUAAUCAGUGAUCUUCCCAAGUACAUGAGCGAUGUCUUGCACUUUUCCGUGACUGAAAACGGUUUGUUGUCGUCCAUCCCAUUUCUCGCCCAAUGGGUCACAUCGGUUGCUGCCAGUGUAUUAGCCGAUCGCCUGAUAAGUAAAGGAUCAGUGAAUGUCACGAAAGUCAGAAAAAUAUAUGCCAUUAUAGGAAAUCUUGGUCCCGCUUUGGGAGUGAUGUGUGCUUCGUUUGUUGGAUGUAAUAAAAUCAUUGCAACAUUGUGUUUUACGUUGGGCAUGGCCCUCAUGGGAUUUUGUUAUCCUAGCUUACGUAUUAAUUCACUUGACUUGUCACCCAAUUAUUCAGCUACUCUGAUGGGAUUGGUAAAUGGUAUUGGGUGUUUGUCAGGAAUGGCCACUCCAUACAUCGUUGGAAUCCUUACACCAAAUAGAACCGUUUUGGAAUGGCGUUUGGUAUUUUGGAUCAUGGUGAUAAUCAUGAUGUCAACAUCUAUUAUAUUUGCGUUUUUUGGAUCUGGUGAAGUACAGCCAUGGGAUGACAUAAAACAGUAUCGUCUAAGUGAAAAUGAAAAAGAUAAUAAGGAUGAUGAAUCAAAUGUAAUACAUUUGAAAUCAGUAGAAGAUGGGAAAACAUCAAAAUAGUUAUAUUUACAAUCUAUAACCGCAUAGAUUACAAAACUGUCAAAACCACCCAACUCAUUGUAAAUAUAAACACAUUUUAACUAUUAAUUUAGUUUCUAAACACUUGUUUUAUUAAUUAUUUUAAAAAUGUACUGUUAUCUGUUUAAAUAAUAAAAGAUAUUGUAUUUG